UUUCUCCUUCAUUUUCAUGCUUCAAUUUGGUUAAGUUUUCGGAUAAUUCUGAUCAAGUGUUCUUUUAAAGAAUUAUAAUUUUCUUUCUUUUUAAUUUUUCUUGGAUUUUUUUUUAUUAUUAUUUUCGGGCUUUGUUUUGAAGCACAUAUUCGUACAUGCAAUACAUACAUUGCUCUUUUAAGGACAUAAUCUUGGAGUCAGAAGUAAUUUAAUUGAAUUUGCUGCUGGUGAGUUCAAAGGUUGAAACUUGCAAAAGCUUGGAGCUUUUUCAUGAUAAAGAGGCAUCUUAUUCAUCAUGGGUCACCGGAACAUUCAGUUCACUGGUCAUAUGAUUGAUAUGGAAACAGAUCAGCAGGGUCAUAGCCAUCUACAUCCUGAUCCAUGCAUCUUUUAUGGGAAUGUGGCAAAUUUCCCUCAGCCUAAUGUCCACUCGGUGGUUCCUGCACCAGGAAACCAAUGUAAUUUUAACUUUCAUCCUAUGCCAGAUCGUCAUGAUGGUGCCUUAUUUUAUGGUAUGCCACCAUACAACGCCGUCCAGCCUCAACAUCAAGCAGCAAAUCUUGAUCUAGCUGUUGCUGCACCAUCUGGGCAUUUUAAUCCAUAUCUGGCCCCCCCAUCUGGUAUUAGAGAUUUCCCUGUUCAAGUAAAUCACAGGGGACAUGAUCAGUUGUCGCUUUCAACCACUCAGGCAAUCAUUGGUAUUCCUACAGACAGUUACUGCAGAAACAUACCCUAUAUAGAUGGUGUGAGAGGAUCAUUUAAGAGAAAGAACGCAGAGGGGCCUCGUUCGAGUUUCCAGUUUCAAAAUGCUUCGGCUGGCACUAGUUCUUCGAUUGGCCCUAUUACUGCUCGGCCAGCAGAACUUGACAGUACGCAGAAUGCUGCUUCUUUUCUGCCACCCGAAUAUGGUCAGAAUGACCCAGCAGUGAUUGUCGAAAGCGGAUCUAUCAGAAGUACGAGGGACAGGACCAGUAUGAUCGGAUCUGAGUCUGUUCUUGCACAUAAUGCUAGUCAUUUGAUGCAAGGAAAUUAUGUUGCUCCACCUGUUCAGUUGCCUGGGAACCCUUGGUUGGAUAUGCAUUUUAGUGCAAACAAUGGUGAUAUUGGCACUUUUGCAUGGGUUCCGGCUCCUAAUUUGCCCCAUGUACAUGCUGGUUUUCUUCAUACAUCUAUUGCUCAAGGCCAUCCCAGUCCUCAUCACCCAACUCCACCUAUCCAAGGGAUGAGAGGAUACAAUGUCAACUAUCCAUCAGAAUUGGCGACAUCCUCACGCAGAAUACCAACGAUUAUAUCUUCAAAUACUGGCAUCAGGCCUUUCCAGGAUGUUGGAGAUGCGGGCCCUACAUUUCGGGCGCCUAUACCACCAACCAAUGUUCGGUUGUACAGGCCUCAUCGACGGGAAAUCAUACUCGAUGCAAAUGCAAGGCACCGCAACUUUUCGCACUUGAGAAUUUUGCCAGAAGAUGAAGUUGCUAUCCUUGAGAUUCCCCGGUAUCACGAAGCAGGAGAUUCCAUUGAUCAGCACAGAGAUAUGCGUUUGGAUAUAGAUCACAUGUCUUAUGAGGAACUUCUUGCAUUGGGAGAACAGAUAGGCAGUGUCGGUACUGGAUUGUCUGAGGAAUUCAUCCAAAAUAACCUGAAAACAAGAACUUUUACCUCGUCCCCAGCUUCCGUGAAUCUUGAAGACCCAACUUGCCAUGAUCAGCAGAAAAUCAAUUUCUGUGUUGUGUGCCAGACUGAUUACAAGUAUGAAGAAAACAUCGGAACUCUUGAUUGCGGACAUGAAUAUCACGGAGAAUGCAUAAAGAAGUGGCUCCUUGUGAAGAAUACUUGCCCUGUAUGCAAAUCCACAGCCUUGAGCGGCAAGGGGAAGGAUUUGUGAGUAGAGGGCUGUUGUGAGAAAAAUUAAAACCCCUUUACCUUUUGGUUCUCUGACUAAUUAUUAUUAAGCAACGAGAGAACUUUCUCUUCGUGUAUUAUAAUUAUGUAUAUACAUGCAGAUAUAUGUAUGGCUGCUGAAACAUUUCUUGGCCUUGCAUCUGCCUCUCAAUUUGUACAGACUGGUUCGUUUGUUCUGUUAUGGAUGAAUGAAUUCUCUGGUUAAAGUGCU